GUCUUGAUUGAAAACCAGAAAGCAGUCGGUGUGGAGUUUAUCCAUCAGGGAAAGAAGAAGUCGGUGGCGGCCAAACGGGAAGUAGUACUCACUGCGGGAACAGUUGGGUCUGCACAGUUACUGAUGUUAUCGGGAGUGGGGCCAAAAGAUCACCUGACCGAGUUAGGGGUGCCCGUUGUCGCAGACUUGCCGGUCGGAUCCACGCUGAGGGAUCACAUGAUGUUCUUCGUCAAAGCCGACAUCGAUAAGCCGAUGAGUUACACUUCCGCCAAAGUGUUCACACCGAUGAACUGGCUAAAGUACUACUUAUUUGGCACAGGUUUGUUGACAAAUAAUGCGGCUAUCGAAAGUCAGGCGUUUGUGAGGACGGACCCGAAUAGCAAAGAAAAAGCUCCCGAUAUUCAACUGACAUUGUUCAGCACGUUGGAGGAACAUGGCGACUCUUUCGACCACUUCAACUACAGGGACGAUAUCAACGAAGCGUUGUUUCGGUCUAUACACGGGACGGAAGUGAUGCCGGAAGGGUACUCUAUCGAUGUGGUUCUGAUUCAGCCAAAAAGCAAAGGGUCACUGCGUUUGAUCAGUCGCGAUCCAUUUGAUUACCCACUGCUGGAUCCUAACUACUUGUCCGAUCCCGAGGAUGUCAAAACGUUUAUCAGAGGUAUUCGCUACGCUCAACAAAUGAUGAAAACGGAUGCCUUAAAAGCACUCGGAACGAAAUUUCGUGAACUUGACAUACCCGGAUGUAGAGAGAAGGCCUUGGACUCUGACGAACAGUGGGAGUGUUUAGUACGUCAUCUAGCGACAACAAUAUACCAUCCUACGUCUACCUGUAAAAUGGGAGCUAUCUCUGAUCCAACAGCGGUAGUGGAUCCCCAACUCAGGUGA